AUGGCUGUUCGCAGCAAUUCAUUGAUGCCUUUCUCAAUCCAAGCUAUUCUGAACAAAAAAGAGGAUGGUCGACACUUCAAAGGCUUGGAUGUGUGCUUUUCAAAAACAGCUUGUUGGAAAAUAUUUGGGGAAAUGGACGGAGCGUCCGACGAAUUUUCAUCUCCUCGCAGAAGCGACGAGGGAGCCUGUAUGGGCAGCGACCAGAAAUGCUACGAUUCGGACUCUGGUCUGAGUGAGGAUAAUGACAGCAAAACUCACGCUGUCUGCAAGUCCGAGAAGGACCAGGAUAUACCGGCCUCAGACGCUUUGGACGAAAGUUUUCAGGACGAAACCGACCAUGAGUCCACAGCUGUGGAGAACGGAAAGGAACUUAGUGAUUGUGAAAUUUCUGCAGGCGUCUCGGAUUCGAACAACGCAGAUGAAGCGGGCAGCGAGAAGAGCUUGGAUCAGCCCAAACAGAGGAAAAAGCGCUCGCGGGCAGCCUUCUCCCACGCUCAGGUCUUCGAGCUGGAGCGACGUUUCAAUCAUCAACGGUACCUCUCCGGACCCGAGAGAGCAGACCUGGCCGCCUCCCUUAAACUGACGGAAACCCAGGUCAAAAUAUGGUUUCAAAACCGUAGGUACAAAACAAAACGUCGACAAAUGGCUGCUGAUUUGUUGGCCUCAGCACCGGCUGCGAAAAAAGUGGCAGUGAAAGUUUUGGUGCGGGACGACCAGAGACAGUACAAUCCUGGAGAACUACUGCGGCCUCCGCUUCUCUCCCUUCAGCCGUCUUACUACUACCCAUACGCAUACUGCCUGCCUGCAUGGACUCUUUCUGCCUGCACUGGAAACCAGUGA